CCAAAGGAGAUCCAGGUUCUUGAGAGGCCAGUUUCAAGCUAACAGGAGGGCGUGGCCUCGAACCAGGGGGCGUGGCCUAGAUCUCGGGGUCCGCCCUAGCUGUCUCGCCCACUUGCCUUCACCCGCAUCGCCGUUCUUUUCGGUUAUUUUCUUCUACGGCCGUUCCCCGCCCUGCCCUGGGCCCAGGGGGCCGUGGUGUGAACUUUGGUGGGCAGGAGAAAUCGUCUCCGACCUCCGUCAGAAAUGGGGAACGUGCAGUCGGAGCCGUCCGCGGGCGGGGGCUCCCGAAAAGAGCAGGCCUCGGACCGCUCUUCCGAUUCCCGCCGGACAUCCUUGGCAGAGCCCGAGGUGACCCCCUCCUCCCCUGCCGUACGCCUGGCUCGCGGGCUGGGCGUCUGGUUCCCCAGCAGCUCAGCGCCCCAGGGACUUCUGGUACCCCCGGAGUCCCAGGCCUCACCCUCACCCCUGCCCCUGCCCUUAGAACUGCCCUCGCCAGUGAUACCCCCUGCAGAGGAGCCGGCUGCGGCCGCGGUCUCCACACCAUCCCCACCCCCCGUGGGCACCAUGUUGCCCACGCCGUCCAAGUGGCGAAAAUCCACAGGCACUCCGGUGCCUCGGAUCCGUGGUCUACUGGAAGCAAGCCAUCGCGGCCAGGGCGACCCUCCGAGCCUCCGCCCACUGCUGCCGCCGCCGCCACCACCGCCGCCGCCGCCGCCGCCGCGGCCGCCGCCGCCGCCGCCUCUGCCACGAACGGAAGAGGACCCCGAUCCAGUCCCGAGGGCCCCAUCCCUGACUCCCGCAUCCUUGGAGCCGCGAAAGAUGUCACCACCGCCCCCUUCCGACCAGCAGACCCCGGACCACAAAAUAAGUUCUGCUCUGGCCACACUGGCCACAGCCCCCAUAGAAAACCAGGUCCCUUGCAGCAGUGAGCGCCAGGCAGCCGGCAGGGCCGGCGGCGGAGCUCCUGCCCAAGCAGGCGAGGGUGAAAUGGCCCGGCCGGUGGCCUCCGAGUCCGGCCUGAGUCUGCUGUGUAAAGUCACCUUCAAGUCGGGGCCUCCUUUGUCCCCAGCGGCAGCAUCGAGUUCCUUAGUCGCCAAAGUCUCGCUAGGGGGCAGUGGAGGCAGGGGACUCUUCUCCACUGCCUCGAGCGCCAUCUCUUAUGCCGAGGUCCUGAAGCAAGGGCCCCUGGCUCCCGGGGCCGCUCGCUCCCCUGGAGAGGCCCCUCGGGUGACCCAGGAAGCAGAGGGCGGUAAUGGAGACGGCGAGGGGUGUUCUGGACCCCCCUCCGUGCCUGCGUCCCACGCCCGGGCCCUUCCGCCACCACCCUACACCACCUUCCCAGGCUCCAAACCCAAAUUUGACUGGGUGAACCCUCCCGAUGGCCCUGAACGCCACUUCCGCUUCAACGGGGCAGGCGGAGGCAUCGGGGCCCCCAGACGGCGCGCAGCCGCGUUCUCAGGUCCCUGGGGCUCCUUGCAGCCUCCGCCAGGGCAGACGCACCCAGCUCCCGGGCCCCGGAGGCCCGCACCCGCUUUGCUUGCACCGCCUAUGUUCAUCUUCCCAGCGCCCACCAAUGGAGAGCCGGUGCGCCCCAGGCCUCCGGGCCAACAGGAGCUGCUACCGCCUCCGCCACCGCCCACGCCACCGCCCACACCGCCUCUGGCGCCGCAGCCCAUACCGCAGCCCCCAGUUCUCCAGCCAAGGCCACUGUUUGCGGCGCUCCCACCAAACCCAGGCUCAGGCCACUUGGAGUCCGCCCAGGCUACCGCCGCGCCCCUCGCCUUGGCUGCAGACCAGGCCCAGGCCCCGGCCCCGGCCCCGGCCCCCGCCCCGGCCCCGGCCCCGACCCCAGCUCCUAUUAAGGCCGAACCACCACCACCUGCGCCCACGCCCGUGCCCAUCAAAACCCGCACACGCAGAAACAAGGGCCCGCGCGCUGCCCGGGGCGCGACCCGUGAGGAUGGUGCACCUGGAGAGCGUCCUCGUGAACGGACUGCAGCUACCAUCACUGACAGCGGUGGAGGUGGUGGUGGCGGCGGAGCUCCUCCAGCGGGGACGGCUAACACUGCUGCCCGACGCCACUGGCCGCCCUUCCAGGUGCUUAAUUCUUGCCCCUGCAAGUGUUACUGCCGCCACCAGCCACGCCAUCGCCGCCUGCCACGCAACGUGUCUGCCUGGUGAGGAAAGGCUGAGCACGCCCACCAACCACCUGAGAGAGCCAUCCUGGGUUGCCACCAUCAAGUUGGCCGGCUCCCUGGUAGCCGGGCUGGAGCACUUCGACUUGCAGGCCACCCAUUCCAACUGAGUGUAGUCUGUUCAAUGGCCUCUACCUUCCUUCCUUGUCAAUAAAAUAACCAACAACCAGA